AUUUCCACAAUAUAAAACACACACCACUCCUCCCCCUCUAUCCCCAACUCACAACAUAACAUAUAUCAUGAUGUCUAAACAACAAGACCAACAAGCUCUCAACGUGCCCUACACCACACCGAUCAUCAUGGAACAUGAUCACGAAGGGAAAGAUAUCCCUCAUGACAACGACGACGUCGUCUUAACAUCCAACGGUUGUUUCCACCUCUUCUUCUGCUGCUUCGACAACCAUCACAACCUUUACCAAGACGGUGAAACCGCAGGUUUCUUGUACCAGAAGCAAUCCGGGGAUCUGAUCAAUCAAGACACGUGGUUCAUGAAACGUGCCAAGAGUUUGAAGGAGUAUUCAGAGCUUGUUGCAGGACCCAAGUGGAAAAACUUCAUCAGAAGGUUUAGUAGGAGGAGGAAUAGAUCUAACGCUAAUACGACGCCGUUUCAGUAUGAUCCAAAAAGCUAUGCUCUUAAUUUUAAUGACGCUGGUAAUCAUGAUGAAGAUGAUGAUUUGUUGCCUCGUAGUUUUUCUACGCGAUUUGCGCCUCCUUCAAGAUCUACACAAUUAUAAUGCUUUUUUAUUUUCUUUUCUUUUUUUGUUAUAAAUCACAAUUCGAUUUAUUGUUUCUUUUCUUCUCACCCACUUUUCAUCAAUUUUAUCGAUAUUGUAUAUUUAUCUAUAUUCUUUUCAUGAAUUCUGUAUAUUUGUCUA